ACAAGGCGGCGUCCGUGAGGACGAUGGAGAGCAGAAGAAGCAGCGGCGACAUGGGGAGAAUAGCCUCGUGGGUGAAGAGCCACCGUCCGAUGUACGAUCGCGCGACCCAGCACCCCUUCGUCGUCGGCAUCUCCGAUGGUUCCGUCGACCUCUCCGCCUUCAAGCGAUGGCUCGCACAGGAUUAUAUAUUUGUGAAAGAAUUUGUCCCCUUUCUAGCAAGUGUUCUGCUAAAGGCUUGGAAGCACUCGGAUGAUGAAUCAGACAUGGAAAUACUCUUAGGUGGUAUGGCAUCUUUAAGUGAUGAGCUAGCUUGGUUUCGAAAAGAAGCUUCCAAGUGGGACGUUAAACUAGUUGGUAUUGUUCCGCAAAAGGCUAAUCUGGAGUAUUGCAGGUUUCUACAAAGUUUGAUGCUUCCAGAGGUCGAUUAUGCUGUAGCCAUCACUGCUUUUUGGGCCAUUGAAACUGUCUACCAGGAGAGCUUCUCUCUCUGCCUUGAUAGCAGUUCAAAGACUCCAGAAGAACUUAUGGAGACCUGCCAGAGAUGGGGCAGUGCUAAUUUUGGGCACUAUUGCCGCUCGCUACAAAAGAUUGCAGACAGGUGCUUGGAGAAGGCUUCUAGUGAUAUUAUACGAAAGGCUGAAGAAGCUUUUGUUUGUGUUCUUGAGCAUGAAUUCAACUUCUGGAACAUGAGUUGUGGUGAAUGAGGGCAAUGUUAUUAGGAUUGUGUAAUACUUUGAUAUAUGGAACACAAAUCUUCAAGUAGAUUUUUAGAUGAUUUUAUGUGACAAUGGUCAAAUUGGUGAGACAUGUCUGCCAGUAAACCAAGACAGUUCAGUUAAAUGUCCUAUCAGAAGUUUCAGCCAAUGUAACAAGGUGAACUAAACUAUGAUGUAUUUGUUCUUACA